AUGAGCGGAUUAGCCGGCCGCCGGCCCGGCCUCGCCUCCUCCGCCUCAUCCCCCGACAUCUUCUGCCGGCCGAUGGAGCCCAGCCCGGCGCCGCUGGUGUACAUCAACGGCUGGCACGGCACCGGGAAGAAGACAGUGGCCGAGUGUCUGACGCUGCUCCUCGGCAGGGACAAGUCGCUGCUCAUCGACGUCCGCGGCCAUGGGCACUAUCACGACCGCAACCAUAACCCGCUCCUGACCCCCGAGCACCCCCGCUACUUCUCCUUCGACCUCGACUGCGGCCCCGACCUCACCCCAUCCACCUCCUCCCGCUCCGCCUUCAUCUCCCCCGCGUCCACAACCACCACCAACGACCCAUCCGCCUCCGCCCCCACCGCGGAGAACCUAGCCCUGCUGCUCACGCACCCGCGCAACCGCGCGCGGCUGGCCGUGCUGCCGGCGUGCGCGCCCGACACGCCGGCGGGGCGGGCGACGCUGCGCACGUUCGAGGCGGCGGCCGCGCGGGCGGGCCGGCUGUUCGCGCCGGUCGCGCUGACCUGCGCGCCGGGCGAGCACGCGCGGCGGGAAUCGGGUGAGCAGGAAACGGCGAGCUUCCCGAGCCUGCCGGGAAUGCAGACCGGGCCGGCGAUGGGGGUCGGGAUGGGCGUGGGCUGGGCCAAGGGGCAGGGCCUGGCGGCGCCGAUGAAUGCCGGGUUGACGGUGGACGUCACACGCGUGGCGGCGUUUGAGGCAGCGCUGCAGAUUGUCGAGUAUGUCAAGGGCUUGGAGGCGGAGCGGGAAGCGGAGCUGUGCAGUGCCGGCGGAAGCCCGGCCUCCACGCCGGGGAACAGCCCCGAGAGUGCGAGGGCGUGGACGUCGCUGAGACUGGGCGGUCAGCAGUGA